GGGGGCUUCCCGAUUGCGUCGGGUACUGCUACGCAGUACAACGAUUGUACUGAAAGCACUAUCGGCAGUGUAGCGGUUUUAAGGGAACCAGGCUUCAUAAACUGGACCACACGCUUCUAUCUUAGAGGAUCAAAUGUUAUACCGCCCUCAUGGUUACUUCAGUCUCAUACUGUACUUAUGAAUUAAAUGUUAACACCAAACAGCCUAAGUAUUGAGAUAGAACGCCGAGAGAGGAUGGAAAGUAGGCAGUACAUUCGCCGCCCACACCCUGUGUUAAUGGCUGUGAUUCUGUUUUUAUCAAUUCUGGAAGCGAUGUUAGCAUUUACGCCAGAGAAUGUUCCUUAUUCUUCGCUAGGCUCUUUCGGUCCGUUGUUCGCACGUCUCGUGUACUAUCACUCAGCAUUUUUGCAAAAUAUAUUUUUUUUGGCAGUAACACUUAAUGCAGUGACUGGUUUUGCAGCUUACAGACUUGCUAGAUCAAGGGGCAUCGAAAAUCCAGCACGAUUUAAGUGGUGUUUGCAUUGUUUACUAUUCGGUGUGUUCUCUCUACGGUAUUUGAUAGCCUUCAACAGAACCUCUUCGACAGGCAGCACGGAGAUAGUUUAAUCAAGGUGGUAGGCCUACCAUAUCCGAAAUAAUAUUAUCAUAGGAUAACUGAACACAAACGCCUUUAAUAUUGAGGGAUGCGGUCCGUCUUCUUGUCGAAUAUAUUCAUGAUUGCUCCUCGAUGACGAAUCCACGCAAGCUAAAAAUGCAUAGGCCUACGUAUUGACGACGAGUGAGAAAUACGGUAGCUUUUUUGUGGGACUCCAGCGAUGCAAUUUGUAUAAGGUCAACUACCUGAAAGUGUGCACAAAUGAUAGUAGAAUGAAAAUCCAUUCGUCCCCAUUCAAAAAUAUUCAAUCAUCACCUAACUACCUUCGUGGUUGUUAUGGCCCGAGUAGCGGAUCCGACUGCUACCCGAUGACAAUCGGUGGGCCCCAGAGGCAGAGCCCUGUGAGUGUAUGACAUUUUGUAUGGAUGUGUGAUUUUGACGGGGGUUUUUUCUUCAAUUAAAAAUAUUUCACAAACAGGCAGCACUGUAAGUGGUGAAAUUAUCUACUUAAAAGUAGGUAAUUUCACUAUCUACUGCGGCGCCUGUUUGUGAAAUAUUUUUAUGGGUUUUUUAAUAUGAACAAUAUAUAUGAUCAAAACAUAUUUAGUCUUCAUGUUUACCUUUUUGUUAUAAAUUAUAAUUUGUAAUAUAUUAAUACUUAUAUCAACUGUUUUUGUAAAAUUUUAUGUAAAGUAGGCCUAGAAAAUAGUUAUGGAAAUUUAAAUUAUUUUUAUGUAAUAUAGGCCUAGAAAAAAGUAAUGGAAAUGUAAUAUUAUUUUAAUUUUCACCUUUAACAAUUGUAACUAGAACUUAUAUUUUUUCCUUUCUUUGCUGGUGGGGUUAAACCCACUUUUAUUUUAUUAUUUUUUUAUUUUUUAUCUGGAUUUUGUUUUAUACACAAAUUGAUAUUUGUUUAUGUGUUACUGGGUGAGUGAGGAACACAGAAUCACGUCAUAGGCCAAGUGAUUAGGUUGGCUUUUGUGUUCUUGCCAGCCGAGACCCAGUUAGGGCUAGUUUUGUUAUUUUUAUAAUGUUAUGUUUUGGCAAUAAAGAGUAAGAAUUAUAUUUAAAUA